CAAAGCGACAGAAAGCUAUCUGUCCCGCUGCCACCUCUUCGUCACGCGGACCAAAAUGCACAAUGCAAAAAGACGACCGCACUUGGAGACGCGUCUUUUGAUACUACUCAGCUUGCACCGCCUUAUUGCGUAAGCCUUGUCAAUCGGGACCACGACUACAAAGAUAACGGAACAUCCUCGUUAGACAAGAUGCUCAGCGGUGGAACAGGAACAGAUACUAGUGGAACAAGAACAGGAACAGAAGGACCAUCUAUGUGCAGAACAGAGUUGCCGCCUAUCAGACUGCGAUCUGGCGGUAGUACUGGCAGCACCAAUUUCGCUGGUGUCGUGCCAGGGAAAGGAACAUCACCUUCAACAUCGUCUCAUCUGCCACAAACCACCAGAACGUUAAAUCUAAAGGCUUACCAGGAACGCGGAGAACAAGGUACUUGUACUUUUCUCCUUGAAGCAAGAUGAAUAUCAAUAUGUAGUUACUUCUAGAAUUUUUUGUUUUCAGCUUACAACUACAAGAUGUAUGUUCAAUAUUAUUCUUCUCGUUCUCACCAUCACCAUGAUCUGACUAGUUCUAUCAUGAUCGCACAAGACAUGAUCAGGAGCACCACCUGGACGAGCCGGAGAACAAAAAAUGACCUUGAGAAGCGUGGAUUGCGGCUUGAAGAUGAGUACAGCCGGAACAGGAUCGAGUAGCAGUAGAAGUCGUGUCCAGCAACAGUUAUACUUAAGGCUACUUACCACGACUAGUAAUACUAAACAAAGUAUCUUCAACACAACCUCCCCUGGCCCUUUUUCUCCUUGAAAAAGAAAAACCCAAGGAUAUGACUCUCCAGGAAGAUGCGAAUGCGGUAGCUCUAAUAUGUUUAGGGGUAGGUUAAAGGUGUUCCUGUUACCGUUUGUCUUGCCUUUCCUAAGGGGCAAAGCCAGAACAAACGGGAAGCAGAAACACCAAAACCCUGCCUCUAAUAUAUGACCGCUCUUGGACAGGACCUAAACCUAAACCGGCUGCAGCAGUGGGGCCUUUUCUUAUGAAGCAGGAAGUCAAGUAUUUGGAACUGAAAUUUCGAACGUCAUUGAUAUGAAAUUUGUCUACUAUGCAUCAGCAACGACUUCAUCUAGAGAAUAUGAAUUAUUUGUUGCCUAAAAUACAAGACACAUGAUAUAAUACGAAUCUUUUCUAAAACAACGGGUAGCGGAGGUGCACCAGGAGCUACGAAACAGCAAAUGAUGGCUAACCGUGAAGAUCGUGGGGCUUCGGGUGUCGAGUAUACGACUACUGGGCAAGAACAGGCUGCUCUCGCAUCAAACGGAGAAGAUGGACAAUUACAAGGUGUGGGCCCAGCAAGUUGGUCGUCCACUUGCUCGCCUGCCAUUACAUCAUUGAAUCGGCAGGGGGCGUCAACUCAGUUCUCGUCGUCUCUCGAUUUGAUCGCCUCCUCGAGUGGGGACCGCGACAUCGGCCUCCCCGAUGCACUUUAUGACUACAAGUCUACAAUAUCGAUACUAGUCUCUAGUAAUGCUAUACUUCUUCACUAGUACUAACUUCUAGAGACUGUGUAAGAACAACCACAUCAAUACUUCUAAUUCGAAAACUGAAAAUAUGCGCGUCGCGCUAAGUGAAAUAGCAGAGUCAUUACGUUGCUCUUGUUUCAGUAUCUCACUUAAUAUUUUAAGUAGUUGCUUGCUUAUUUCAGUUUAUCGAGUACUUCAUUUCUGGAGGUACUAACAGGGCCUACAGCAUGGUGCAUACUUCUACUUCAUCUAGAGCUACUAGAGAAAGAGAUUGUGACCACUGAUGCCACUCGUCUCCCCCAAACAAGAACCCACCCUCCAAGCCCAAUAAAGCCUAAUGCUAAUCUUCCUUGAUGUUAAGCUAUAGAGAUUCCCUCCAGAGCCAAAAUGCCCAACAAGCUUCAUUUCUAGGAACAAGAAUUGAUCGGGCGAGCAGGUGCUGCCUCGACGAGACAUCAGUUUCCAGAAACUGGUGGUGGAAGUUCUUUUAAGAUCUUCGAGGUUAAAAAAGGGGAAGAUGAGGACGAUAAAAUCUCGGAGAUUCUCUGUAAUGCUGCUCAGCCCCACCAAGAUCCGGAGGCGGAGCGUGGCAGAGCGAACGGGAGAAAAGUUAAGAGAAAUUUAUUUUUUAUUCAAUAUGAAUAUUGGCUUUUACUCUUCUAAGUACUUAGAUUUAUGGUUCUGGUAUUUGGUAACCUGAAUUGGAUCACAAGGAUUCCCUUCUUGUUUUCCUUAUGAUCAAAAUUCGGCUACCAAAUACAAGAGCCAUUCAUUAGAUGAAAUACUGACACCUUUGAAGACUCCUCCUCCCUCUCGGUAUACCUUGUUACUCAGUGGCUGAUGUUAUCGGGUAAGUCUUUAAUCGGACCACCCCGUAAUUAAAUAGCCAAUCUCGUGAGCGCGUUCCAGCAGCAUCGGAGGUACCUCAUAUGUAGAAACUUGUUCUUCAAGAGCGUCUGCCUCUAAUAAGCCUCAAAGUGAAGAAGUAGCGCGGGUCGACGACUCACCUCCACCUGGGACAGAGGGUGGCACUGUUGCACCACAGCAUGCAAUUCAAAGCGGAACGGCGAGGUUCUAUGGGCGACUCGGGAAAUUUUCCUAAAUGCUCUGGUGUCAUCUGGUAGAUGGACAUGUUCAAUCGUUUUGGGUUCGAAGUCGAUAAUUUACUGAAGUUCCAGAAGCCUAAAAAUAUGACUACCACUACGACUAGCAAUAUAUAGGACAGAUGGUUUCAUAUUUUCAAAGCAUUAGGAAUCGCUUGUGGAUUGUAUUUAAGAUUUCAUCCAACGUAUUGUCGACAGAUCUUCUGAUGCCGAGGAUUUGCUAUUUAGAAUUUGAAUAAAGAAUGACAAAGAGUAGAAGGCAUAAUUUGAUGCAAACUACUCGCAGGUCGUGUUAGUAGUUACUAAAAGAAGGUCUCCCCCUUGUUUUCCUUAUGUUCUGACUGAUAAAGCAGAAUGAUGGAGGAGAUCUAGCUGCCUGGCCGUUGUGCUUCAGGAUUCUCGCAGGGUAAUUAGAUGUUCUUAUUGCGAGGAAUAUAGACCCAGGUCCCAAAAAAAAAAAACAGGAGGGUGAUGUGACUGAAUGAAUGAAAAAGAGCAGCAUGAAGAUUGAUUUUGAUCCAUAUACAAAGAAUAGUAGAUGCAUGUUGAGGGCACAAAAUUGAAAUGAAAAAGUAUUGAUAGGGAAGGUUGCUAGGUGAGUCUUACUCCAACAGAGGUUCUAAUUCUUAAUGCCAAUCGUAGAGGUAAAACUUCGACCGUCCUAUUCAGGGUGGCCGUAGCGCGAUCAGUGCAACAAGGAGAUGCCACUUCCUCUUGCACUAGGUUUCUCUCUGGACCAGUGCGGCAAGAUUUCUCUCUGGGCAAGGUGUCAGGAGAUACAACUUCUUGGGACAAGGGUCAGGGAAACAUUGGUCAAACACAACAUAAAUGACUACAUUCAAAGAUGCUAUCUUCGUUGUAGCAGACGGUCAGAUAAAAUGCUAGUUGUACUAAAUAGAGUCUCAAGGCGAAGGAGAUGACACUAGAAAAAGUAAAGGACCGAUAGCAACAGCAGGGUCGUCUUGUCCGCUGCUUUGCCGUUUCUAAUUUUCCAAUUACCACCAUUCAUCAAGAGAAUAGAUUCGACAUAUCUCAGCGAUUCUGAUGUCCAAGUGUCAAUCUAUAUUCCUUCGUCUUUCUCUUCACUCUUCUUCUCGUAACUAAUGUAUAAAUAUCAAUAUGCGCAGCUGUUUGUGAAAGCUGUAGCAGCGACUGGAUGAGAUGAAAAGCAAAAAUAUGCAUUUUAUAUACUAAGACUGCGGCACCAGUCACCUCGAUGUGACAGCGAAGUAGAAGCAUCCUAUCCUACUAUCCUAUGUAUGUCGUUGUAGUUGUUGUCGUCGAUCUAGUAAAGCUCUUGAUGUUGUGAUAGGAAUUUGUUCAAGUUGUAUAUUGCAGCAGUUCUCUUCUAGUUCUUGUACUUAUUUAUAGAAGAAGAUGGAUACACCAUCGAACAUCCUGCUGUGCUACUUACAACACUCACUCUCCUCUUGUGGGCGGCGACGGACAAAAGGAAGAGCAAGAACGAUAAAUGAGCCUACGGCCAACUGCGAUGACGGUGUCGGUCAUCUGGCUUAGCGUUCCAACCCUACUUUUUGCCAAUAUUACCUUGUUUUCCUGCUUCAAUUUUGGUUCUCUGAUGGUUUUACGACAACCCUUGUACAGCCGUGAAACCACGAGGAGACCCCCAACAAGAAAAGUACUUAUUAUUCUUAUGCUGUAAAUGGGCGAAAAUAAACCUAGAGCAGUGCUUAACAUGAUAUACGUACCUAAUCAAUUGUACUAACUGGUAGUAGACGAUACCAUAGUGGUAAGCAUGUUGAAAUUGCUGCUGAACAACACCAUGACCAGUUCGAGGAGCAAAGUCAGCGAAGAAGCGAAACGCGGCCGAGACAGUUGUUUUUCCAUAUAAUUAAUUUCUGUUGUUUGUCUACUCGUAAAGAAAACGUUGUAAAAAUGCGAUGCCGGAUUUUCAGCGGAUUUAUACUUUUAAUUUUUUUGGACCUCUUAAAUCAGAGAAAAAAAAACUACUAUAACAGUAAGAAAAUUUUCUUUUUUCAAGGACAUAAUCCGACGAGAGAAAAAACCUUUAAGGCUAGGAGUUUUUUCGUUUUUUUCAGUGGGUUCAUCCGAUGAGAGAAAAAGCCUCUAAGGCUAAGGAAUUUUUCUUUUUUUCAUUGGGUUAAUCUGAAGAGAGGAAAAACCUUUAGUAGCUAAAGCGAAAAAGUCACACAAGGAGAAUUAUUCACGAUUUUCCUCAGUGGGCUAGGCGUAAAAAAAAAAAACCCCAUAAGAGUAGUAUGCAAAUCAGUUUUGUACGCUUAGCGAAACCAUAUAGAGAACCAACGUAGGACGUGCAUCCUAUUACUGACUUGCGGAAAAAAAACCAAGAGAGAAGUCGCCACUUCCUUCCUUCGUUCGCGCUGCUCUGCAUGAACGUGAAAGCAAGAGAGAAAUGACCACACUCGUCCACGCUGGAAAAAUCAUGAGGGGAAUAUGACUAGCCACCGACUUGGGCUCGGACUCUCGCUUCUUCCUUUCGUUCCUUCAGCUAGGGCCUUUCCCUCUCUUUCCUCUUCUCUCUUUCUUAGUGAGGCGCUUUAGCAUUAACUCUUGUGGAUCAGUUUUAGUGGAUCUGGGUCAGCCUCAGCUAUGUGAACACGCUCCGCACCCACUGCCAUAGCCGUCGACGGCUGGCAAUAGCGUGGGCAACUUGGGGCGGAUCCUCAAUGAAGCGAGGAGGCGGCUCGCGGGCUUUUCAAGGGACAAGCUCAUGCUCAGCAUCAAGCUGGAACUUCAGGAAACAGCUAAGACUGAGACUAAUUCCUCAGCUGGAGUCUCAGCAUUGAUCUUCAACGGCGCGCGCAAGUGCCUCAGCAUCACCUUCGCCGACGUCUUCUGCUUCUUCAGCGAUGCGGAUGCAUCUGGGACUACCACUACCGCGAGUUUUGGGAAGACUCGCCAGAAGUAGAACAGGCGCUACCUCUACCACAGCCACAGGCCCAAGCCCAUCUUCAUCGUGGUCGUGUCGUCGAUGACAGCGCCAAGAGCCGUCGUCUACAUGUACACCAAGGCCAACGUCUUCGCUUGGUCUCGCUCUUGGCAAUGGGGCUGGUGCUCGUAUUGGUAUUGCUUGUGGCUCUUUGGUAAUGCUCGGGACUGGGGCUGCAGAUCACCUAGCCGGUGCUGGUACAGACUGGGCGCGCGCGUGCGGGUCACAACUCCAGAGGCUUAACGCUAUGGCCAUUCUUAUUCAGUUUCAGGGUCUCAAUGACAAUCAGCAUCACAAUAAAAAUCACAGUGACAGCGUAAGCGUAAAGGUGAAAGAGUCUUACUAAAAGCGAGGCUAAAUCUAAGCUAGAACUAUCUCAGUCCUACAGUUGGAGUCGCGUAAGCCUAAGCCAAAGCUUAGCACUAUGAUGAUUUAGUGUGACUAUCUCGGUGUCAGUUUCUAUCACUCUGACUCACACAGACGACACACACUCAGACGCCAGGCACAGACUCGAGACUCAAGCGUGACCGCGGGGACUUAUUCUUAUGGCGAGUUAUAGUUAUAUACUUAUUGUCCUGCUUCUCAUUCUCUGUCUUGGGGCUUUCUUCUUGAUUCUGCCUUUGUGCAGCGUGAGCCUGAUCCUGAACGCAAGGCGUUCACGCUCAUGCUGAUGCUCAGCGUCCGUCCCAGUGUCAAUCUUAAACUUCAUCCAAUUCGAAUACAAAUAGAAACACUAACUACUACUCUUUAGAGAAAGCGACUGAAUUGGGACGCUGGAAAGUGGAUGACUCUGAGGGGCAAGCGUAACUCAUUGCAAUUGUAAGCGUAAUUGUAAGCGUUAGCGUGUGAGAGUGAGUAAGAGUAUAGGGCGCAACAGCAACGCCUAGCAGUAGCAGCACGGCUACAGUUAGAGUGGGGCUUGACCUCCAUAGUUAGUAUUAGCAUUAGUAUCAAAUCACGACCAUGCUCAUGAGCAUGGUCGUCACUUUCGGACUCUCAUAGUGAUCAUUUCGGAUCAUCGCGGCCUCCAUGCCACGCCAAUACUCGUCCAUUUGGUAACCUUCGCCCCCCGUCCCGGCGUUCCAUCCUUCCGCCUCGGCGUUCCAUUCCGCUUGGGCAUAGUCCUGGAAACCCAUACCAGAGGGGUGUGCACCAUUGGGAUCAAAGUCCACUCUGCCGGCGGGGUUGGGUUUGCUAAUCUCGGAUAGGUCUCGACCUGUGUGUUAAGGAUUUGCUGUCUCUCUCCACUUAACAAUUAGGACGAGACCAAGAGCGAGCCAUAGCCUAGAAGAGUCAGAGACCGACUGAGAGUAAGUGCAAAGUGUUAGAGUUGUAGUCGUUGCUGUUGUUGGUUUUCUAUUAGUGCAGUCAUGUCAGGAACAACUGCUGAAUCACUGCAGUGGCGAAAUUGCACUACAAUGGCAAAACAAACGCUACACAUCUUCACUCACUUCCGCACAUGCUUAAGCUUAUACGGGUAUGGCUAGAGAGGGGCAAGAGUGUGGAUGCCUGGCGCCUGCUUCUCCUCUGUCUUGGUUUUGAUUCUCGUUCACGUUCACGCUCAGCGAAGAAUACGAAUAGCGAGAGAGCCUGCUGCUCAGCUUGCAGUUGUACGGGCAACGGUGAGGAGCGUACUUUUGUCUUUGUGAUUCUUGGCCGAUCUAGAUCUUUUGUAGAUGGCGUCAGACUGUAGCUGUAGCCGUUGCUGUUUCUGUAAAAAGAGCGCUGAAGCUUCGCUCGUAAGUAGUAGACUGCGUUCGUCAGACGGGAGUCUAACUCCACUCGUCUCGUCUUGCCUUUUACGUUUGCUACCUAUGUACAUGUAGGGUGUGUAAGUUGUCUUGUAUUUGGGUCAGCAUAAAUAUAAUAGCGGCAGUUUUCAGCUUUGGGCUUCGAUUUGCAGCCAAUGGCCAAGACACAGACAGCGCAGAGUGAAAGUAGCUAACGGCAAUCGAUAAAGGGCAGCGCUCGCAAUCUACGUCUUCGCUUGCCUCUACCUUUUGCGCGAAGAAGUCAGCAUCUGCGUCAGGCUCUAAUGCUAAAUCAUAAUCAGACAGCGAACCCGAAUGCGAAAGGAGGAGUUGCUCGACGCUCACGCUCAUGCUAAAGCUAACGACUACGAGCUAUCUCGACGCUCGUACUAAGUAAGGCUAGCGAUGGGGUCUACUGCUCAGAAACAAACGAAGGCGGCGCAUUCUCUCACUUUCUUGCUCUUCUCCUUUGUGCUUUUGCUCACGCUGGAUGGGAUUGCGCUCUUUCACUCAGAUCCGGACUUGAGGCUUACGAAGCGACGCAAGACAAUUUGACAAGCAUCCAAGUGCAAGCCCAACUUCUGCGAAGACGAGUAGAAUCAAUAGGCCUCGCUCUCUUCUUCUUGUUGAUUUUGCUCGCGCUGGAUACGUAUAGAAUUGGCCUCGUUCACGUUCACUCAGAUUCGAGCUCGACGGCUACGACAGCUUUGCUUCGAUCUCGUUGCUAAAUACUGACUGGGUCUGGGACUGCAAUGCAAUAGAAAUAAUGACUGUGGUGUUUACGAAGAGCAUCGACUUCAUGGAGCUGAUUGCGACUGGAUCCCGAUGCCAGUCAGCGCGCGACGGGAGAUUUAGAACCAAAACGAAAUCUAGAAGAAAAAUCCACCCACUAAGAAUCGGCCGAUUGGUGUCGCUCAAGGCACUCAAUCACCACUAGAGUCCGAAUAUAAUAAGGCCAAUCAGCCCGACACAAGGUCGAUUUGAAGGGUGUCGACAUGUUUUUAGGCCAAAAAUGGCCCCAGAAGCUUGCGGACUGUAGUGGUGAUAGAGGAAAAAAGGUGGCCAAUUUGAUGGUUUCCCUUAAAAGUGGCAAAAUCGGGCUUUUCGGAUUUUUAAUUUAGGCGUCAAAAUGGAUUUACUUCCAGAGCAGCAAAAACGCGGAGUCUAGUCGUGCUAAUGAAAAUCCGCAACCUCAAAAAGGGGCCCACUUUGACGCCGAUAUUAAAAAUCCGCAAAGCCCGUUUUUGCCAUUUUUAAGGGAAGCCAUCAAAGUGGCCACCUUUUUUCUCCUAUCACCACUACAGUCCGCAAGUUUCUGUGGCCAUUUUUGGCCUAAAAACAUGCUGACACCCUUCAAAUCGACCCUGUGUCGGGCUGAUUGGCCUUAUUAUAUUCGGACUCUGGUGGUGAUUGAGUGCCUUGAAAGACAGCAAUCAGCCGAUUCUUAGUGGGUGGAUUUUUCUUCUAGAUUUCGUUUUGGUUCUAAAUCUCCCGUCGCGCGCUGACUGGCAUCGGGAUCCAGUCGCAAUCAGCUCCAUUAGCUCGAUGCUCUUCUUCAACAAUCAGCAGCCAAGUCAUAGAGUAGCACGCCCGUCCAACAGUCAUAAGCAUAGUCUUUGUCUUAGUCAUAGAAGUAGUCUCCCUGCAUGCGAUUGCGAAUGGUAAUGGGUACGGUUGUGAUUCAUUCGUAGUCCAAUAGUCUGGCCUCACUUAGGCGAUAAUAAUAAGAAUCAGCUUACUCAUAGUCAGAGUCUGCCUCUGUAAUAGCAGCGCUCUGCUGUAGUAUCUGCGCUCGACGCUGUUGUAGUUCUUGUCAUUGUUUUGGAAGUCUCGUUCUUCUUCUGUUCUCUUGCUUAUUUGUGGGACUGGCGAUGGCCAUGGCGUAAUGUUGUCGCCAGCGGAAUCGUUAUGCUUAUGGAAGAUGGAGAGCCUAUCUGUAUCUAUCUGAGUCCCAUAAUCUUAAUGCUAAGAGUCGAUAUGCUUGCUAUCGUAGUCGUACUCAUAUUGGAAGCGUUAUCAUUGGAGUUGUGUUAGAAGUGCGACUAUCGUGAUGGUCGCUAUCUCUAUCAGUAUCUGCAUCACUCUGAUCGUGUAAAAUUGUAACAGACUAGGGCUCAAGGAUAAGCGAAAGCGUCAGCGUCUGUAUCUCAGUUAGUUUCUUUGUCGCUAUCGUCUCACUCGAACAUCCCGAAGCUGAGAGUGAGACUCUCCUCGACGUCUUGUCGUUCGCGCCACGGAUCGCGUUCGUCGGCAAGCCCCUCCUCAUCCGGGUCUUCAUCAUCGUGCUCGGAGUAGGCAUCAUCUGCGUCGUCUGCUAGUGAAGGAUCUGCGUCGAGUUGCCUAUCCUUGAAGAGGAGGCCCCCCGAAUCGUCCUCAUCGAGUCCAUGCGUGACAUGAUUCGGAUCGAUGUGCUUUCUCCUUCGUGACUUCGGUGUGGUGGCAGCGGAGCUUGUUCCCAAUACUGAUGUGACGCCAUUCAGGUCCACGCCUGGGCGGUUUCGGUGCCGCAGCUUCCGCAUCUCUGCCGCAGUGGCGACGCGCAGCCAGCUCCACGUAGAAGGAUGGAUGGGCCUACUGGUGUCUGCUUCUGGUACAGUCUUGGGAUGGGUCGCCAGUAGGGGCUCUAGCGGCGCCAUCCAGCACUCGUAUGCUUCUGCUAGUAUUGCGAGCUCAUCCGGGCCCUUUGGCAUUGCCAUGCUGUAGCUGCUCCAGAAUAGACAAAGAAACCGAACUCGCAUCGCAAACUGCGUCAGCAACGUUUGCGCAGCCGCUGUAUCCUGGAGACCUACCGCUUUGGUCUUUGUGCCGCAUUUGUGGCAGUCUAGGACUUUCUGGCCAUCUACUUUAGCAUGCCGCAAAGUCGAGAAGUACUGCUUUUGUUCCGUGCUGUCCGUCCUCAACUUGCACGCCAGCCCUUGCACUGUAGGCCGAAUCUCGAAGCCACCAAGGAGAUCGACGUCGGUAGGAUCGAAAUCGAGCUCCUCAGCGAUCCAGUUUCUGCGUGUUUGCCGCUCUUUCGCCGCUUCUGGCGCCAUGUUUCUACUCUAUUUCUUCGCGCCUAACUGUGCCCCUUGCUGUUCGUCGGUGGCAGCAUUGCCACCAGUUACACUAGAACAAGCACUAUAGCUAUGCGUAUACUACUAGAGCAAGGGGAGCUUGUGCGUAGCUGUAACUCAAGAUCAUGACCAUCGUCGUGUUCGUGACUAUCUUCAAGCAAAGGCAAAGGCAUUUCGUGGCUCAAAAAUAUUACUACUAUCGUCAGCCAUCAGCGUCAGGAUCUGGAUCGGAAUCAGAUCGGGGUCAGAUCAUGGCCAUCGUCUUGAUCUUCCUCUUCGUCUUCCUCUUGGUAGUCGGUUGUUGUUGUUAAGCCUAAUCGUAAUCUUAUACUUUUACAUGCAAAUCGCUUUAGCCCCAGUCCCGCUGGUACCACACCCAAACGCAAAAAAAAACCAAAGCAGCAGGCCUACGCCUAGUCCAGUUUCCGCGUGUCCACCUCCGCUCCGCCGCUACCGCAGGCGCACGGGCGCGCCCACCCGACCGCCCAGCCCACCUAAUCAAAAUCAGUAUAGUUAUACUAGAACCAGACUGCGUUCCAAAUACUAGACUCAGAUGACGAGUCCAAAUGGUAAGGGGUAGAAGGAUAAGAUCGCGCUACUGCUAGUGUGGGCGUGCAAGUCGAAACGCCUCGACGCUGCCGCCGUGCCUUUGGCUUUGAUAGAAAGCGCAAAGCCAAAGGCCCAGGGUUGGGCCUAGACUAUCCAAACCGAAGCAACCGCAUAGCCUAGCGGUAGCCCUAUUCGAGCCUGCGUCUGUAGUAGUGCAAGCGCUAGCUCUGCCAUUACCAGCGCCAGUAGACGCAGUAGCAGUAGUCCUGGCGAUGGGCGGCCUCCGCCUUCAUGCUACCAUGUCUGCGGCCCGCGCUUUUCUAGUCGAGACAGCUGCGCCAGAACUAGCGCCAGCUACUGCAAGCCCCCACCGUGGUGGGGCCACUAGACUACCCCUCCCGGAGUUGAGGCUCUUCGCCUGACAUGGCGACGGCCACCCGAGCCCUGCACCCCAUCCGCGGCUCAUCCGUAGCCGGCGGCUAGCGGCAGCGCUCAGCGUGCUUCUGCUCGUGCUUUGCUUACAAUCAAAACAAAUAUCGCCAGCCCUCGCCCCCUCCCCAGCAAAAGCAAACGCACGGCGGCCAUCGCCAUGACUAAGGCCCUCACGAUCGAUCGCCAUGAGUAUGGGCAUGGCAAACCUUCCGCAGAAUCUUACUAGUGCUAGCACUGGCCCCGCUACUGCUAGCACUAGUGGGGGUGGCAGUGGUCAAGGUAGUCGCUGUCGUAGCCCUUGCCCUUCAUCUUGUGCCACAGAUAGAGAAGCAGCUACUCAAAAGCAAACAGAAACUGAAAAGACCAGUACCAAAGUAAGUCAUGACCUUCAAGGUGCGCCCUCCGGAUCGGCUGCUUGUCGCGGUCUUCUUGUUCUUUUUGUUUCUUCACUUGCUUGCGCUAAAGCAAACAAGCUCCCAACAAGCGGCGCCUUGCUGACUGCGGUCGCGCGUCGUCUGUUUCCAUGUUUGCGCCGCGUCUGAGCGGCUGAGACUGGCGCCGCUUACUUUUUCACGAUCAUGAUGACCCCUCUAGUUCUCUGUCUAAGUCUAUCACUGUCGCAGCCACCAAGAUCAAGCAAGACUCCCGCUUUCUUGAUAGGCCCUGCUAGUCUCUAUCUUUCUUCAAUUGAAGCCGCUAAAAUGAAACUUCUGAGGCAGGUCCUCAAGGAGUUUCUUUAUCAAGUCUAAAGGCCUUAAAAAAUAGAUUCUAAGUUCCUUCGCCAGUCGGUUUCUUGGCGUGGAUUAGCCUCGUCUGAUUUUUUUAAGUUAAAGAAGCUGGAGACGCAUUUUCUUGAUGUCCUGGGUGUAGUGUGAUUUUUAUCAAGUGCAACGCCUCAAAGUGUGAAUUUUUAGUGUGCUCCAAGUGCAUUUUUUUCGCGUGCAUCGUGGUGGUCUAAUUUUUUAAAAUUGACUGGGUCCAAAAUGCAUUUUCUUAAAUUGCCUCUAGCUACUUGAUUUUCCAUCAAUUUCACCCACUAAAAAAAAACAAUAUCAAAAAUCCGCUGAAAAUCCGGUAAGCCAAAUUUACAACGUUUUCUUUACGAGUAGUUGUUUGUUAAUAGCAAUUUUUUGUUCUUGAACAACUUGAGCAGUUUUACGUACUCGUUUCUUCCAUCAUCAUCAUGUAGACGAUCAUACCUUUUCGGUUGUGGUCGAGGAGCUUCUCACGUCUGACUAACCACGUUAUCGUCGUGCAUAUCUUCAUGGAGACUGAUAUAGUAGGAGAGGUCAGGGACAACUACAUCUAGGGGGGAAGUAUUCUUACGUCUGCUGUAGAUGUAGCAGAGAUUAGAAAAGACUAGGGACUACAUCCGCCACCAGGGGGGUACUAGUCUUAUAAAUAUAUUAGAACAUUUCGUAAGAAGGAUGUUGGAUUGCAUGGCAUUGGAUGCAUUGCAUGAGCCGAGGGGGUCAGAGUGCGACCCUCUUAAGGGAGCGACACGGGAACGCAGACUCAGGGCGCGGCAUAGGAAUACCUGGCUCCGUUGUAGGAGUACUUGAAUAGUGCUGGCACGUGCUAGCUAUUGUAAGUAGCUCGACUAGGCUAGCUUGCCUGUGAUCUCGGCCGUCUUGCUCACUGUCCCCUUGCGCACACCGGCCACGGCGUUUGCGCUGCUCCUUGCUUGUUUCUGGGGCGAGGUCACCGUGGGGCCGUGUUUGUGUUCGUGUAUCGUAAAGUAAUUCUUCGGCGGAGCAGCCCGGUAUUGCGGGGGAAGUAUGGCGCCCGAAGGGCGCCGCGAAAAAUAUAUUGUUUUUUGGGUGGUCCAUCCAUGCAAUGCAUGCCAUCCAUGCCAUGCAAUCCAGAAGUUCGGGGAUUGCCUCAUAUUCUAAUAUAUGUAUUGCUCCGGCCCACGUGGUGUGGAUAAUGUCGUUCCCUCAUAUCGCUCGCGAGCGUAGAGGUGCGGAAGUCGCAGCGUAGUCGCAGCUGCGGGGAGGGCGGUGCCCUGCGGACGCAAAUUGAUUGAUUGACUGACGAGGGUAUUGAGCACUGCUGUAAUAGUGAUCGUUAUCCCAAAUCAAUUUGAAACAAUACUAGUGCGUGAGUGGUUUUUUUCGUAAAAAAUUUAUCUACUUGACUCUACUAUCAUUGUUUUUGUGUUAUCGGACGUAGUUUUUUUUUUAUUCGAUGCUGCAAAAGAAGUUAACCAUCAAGCAAGAGCAAGUAUUAGGCUUCUGUUUGUCUCACAAAUGCCACCAAAAAAAGAUGUUCGUUGAAAGAGAAACUCCAUGUUUUAUUCCCAUUAGUUUUCGUCACGUUAUCGAACAGGCUAAUGACUGAAAAAAGGAUGGAGAGCAAUCCAAGUCUCAUUAUGUGUAGCUAAGCGUUACUCGCGAGUGAUGUGACGUACUAUUAUGAAUUGAACUGCGAACGCGAAGAUGGUCGUCUGCUGCGUUAACAACAAUAUUACAACUCAUGUUAAAAUAAACCUCCGACAUCAACUAGUAAGACGAGUUGUGUUAGUGUGCUCGAAGUACGCGAUCAGAUGCACACUACAUCUUCGUCCUACCUUCAUCGCAUCCUCGUGAGAUAUUUAUUUAUCGUGAGAAUAAUCCUGUCUUUCUCUAUCUCCUAGGGUGGGAACACGCACAUUCAAACUUUACAUUUGGCCCAUCUAAAAAUUCCUGCAUGAUUAUUUGCAGGAAAUGAAUAUCGCUAUAUAAUCGAAACAUCAACACAGCAUACUCAGACGUGGUUGUGAAACACGCGACCUGGCACAAAGCCUAAUAGGUUCUGAUCCUGGAACAACGGCUGGUGAGGCCUUGUGAAUGAACGCUGCGUCGUCUACUUGCGAAUUUUGCCAGCAUUCGUGUUUAAAAUUUUGCUGAACAUCAACAUUGCUGCAUACAAGUACAACUACUUCUUUCUUCUGAACAACUUAACAACAAGCAACGACGUUUUUAGCGGGAAG